UGGGUACAUGUGGUGUGUCGCCAAAAGAACCCAACUUCCAACCAAUUUAUUGACAAGCUACCGAGAUGGCGGACACUCACAUGACAGAGCCCGAGGAGACGGAGAUCGAGGUCAUCACGGCCGACGAGACCACGCAGGAGUUCGACAUUGGCGAGGCCCCGCAAGGUGCUAUAUAAUAUCCGGAUAGCAGCGCUGUUGGUGAUCAGAGACGCUGAUGGACUGUUUUCGGUAUAUCUGCUCAGAUGACGACGACGACGCCAUGGAAGACGAAGACAACGAGGGCAAGAUUUCUGCUGAGGAUGCUGACGUACGCGACGACGCCGAGAUGGUCUUCAACAAGCACUCGGGCCCGGUCUACUCGAUCAAGGUGAAUCCGGUGGAUCCGCGUAUCGUCAUCACGGGCGGAGGUGACGACGUGGGAGUCAUCUGGAAUCGUGAGGACGGUAAUGUACUGUACACGCUGUCGGGCCACCAGGACUCGGUGGUAAGUGUCGACUUCAGCUUCGACGGCAAGUACGCAGCUACUGGUGGAUACGACGGUGUGGUCAAGGUCUGGGAAGUCGCUACAGGCAACCUGGUGCAGAACUUGGAGGGCCCUUCGCAAGAGGUCGAGUGGGUUUGCUGGCACAAGAAGGGCAACGUGGUGCUCGCUGGAUCGGGCGACGGUACUGUUUGGAUGUGGCUCGCGACAACUGGGGAGUGCAUGCACGUGUUUGCUGGACACGAGGAUGGUGUUACGUGCGGUUCAUUUACGGGAUCUGGAAAGAUGAUCGUGACAGGUAGUACGGACACCACUGUGCGUGUGUGGAAUCCGAAGACUGGCGAAUGCAACCAUGUUUUCCGAGGACACGACUUCCAUGAGGGCCCAGUGACAUUCAUCGCCUGCCACCCAACCCAACCGCUGGCUCUUUCUGGCUCGCAAGAUGGCACUGCUCGCCUUAUUCAAGUGCAGACGAAGCGUGUGCUCGCUACGCUCUCGCACGAUGGCGUUGACCCGAGCGUCGCCGGAACUGUCAAUGAUACAACGACUUCAACGGAGAACUCGGCGGAGUGCGGAGGAUUUUGUAACACAAUGAACUGGGCGGCAACGGGUUGUCUCGGCGGAUACCUGCGCAUCUGGGACUUGACGACGUACCAGUGCCGUCAUGUUUGCCGUCACCCUGCUGGUGUGAUCAAGCUUUUGUGGCACCCGACGCAGCCGAUCGUGUACUCGUGCACGGUGGAAGGUCUGAUCUACGUUUGGGAUGCCCGGACAGGACUGCUCUUGAAGACGCUGGCUGGCCACACGGAUAUGGUGCUCGACAUGACUUUCAUUCCUGCGUUCGAAGGCAACCCGAUCGCUGGACUUCUUACGGCCAGCGACGACGAGUCCGUGCGGCUCUUUCGGGUGGACAACUAGGCAGUAGCAGAAUUAAAAAAGAAUCGAAACACGGUCGUUUUGCCUGAACAUUUUCACGUCGCAGUGAUUCAACUUCGAUCCGUAGCGGGGGUACCAAGGGUGGAAUGCUCAAAUGCUGUGUAUGAAAUGAAUUGCAUAUACUGCAGAUCUCUACUACGCGAAUGUGAAACUAACCGUGCGCUCGAUUACAUCGACGUGGAGUUACGCCUCAUACAAUCUGCAAUAAUCGACAACAAAAUCACAUAAGACGAUAGUUAAAACAAAACAAUUAACAAGCCAAACGUACACUUCGUUCUGGAA